AUGACAAUGUUCCACUCUUCAAGGAUCAUGAACUAUGAAGCCGACAAUAGGAGACGAUGGCUUAAAACCUUGCCUGAGCAUCCAUAUCCAAACGAUACUUUCUUCAACCCGCUGUGGCUCGAUUUCCAGACUUGUUCCACAAUUUGGGUAAGAAUUUCUGAAUUCCAACAAGCCCACUACGUUCAGAGGAUUGAUGUUCAAUCCCGUGGUGCUGGAAGCAUUAACACACUGAGGAGUCUCAAGGUCAACCCUAACUCUGAUCUUUACAACCAGGCAAAUGAGUCUAUCAAGUCAUUAACGGCCAUGGUUGACCCGAAAAUCCCUCUCGAGUUCUCUGGUAAUUACCCCAUUGGUGACAGCAACUCAGCCGCCGGCAGCAGUGGCACCGGCAGUGGUCGCGAAGGUGGCACGGUGAGUGGUAGCAUCUACAGCGAUGGCUCAGCCGGUAAUUUCCAGACCCGUCGGCUUAGUUUCAAACUGAAUUGA